AUGGCAGAAACAUCAUCAGAGCCUUCUGGGCAGCUGGUUGUACACUCAGACACACACAGUGACACUGUCCUGGCCAGUUUUGAGGAUCAGAGAAAGAAAGGCUUUCUCUGUGACAUUACUUUAAUCGUGGAGAAUGUGCAUUUCCGGGCCCACAAAGCCUUGCUUGCUGCCAGUAGUGAAUACUUCUCAAUGAUGUUUGCUGAAGAGGGGGAGAUUGGCCAGUCCAUUUAUAUGCUAGAAGGCAUGGUUGCGGACACAUUUGGUAUCCUACUAGAAUUUAUCUACACUGGCUGUCUCCAGGCCAGUGAGAAAAGUACAGAACAGAUCCUGGCUACGGCCCAGUUCUUAAAAGUCUAUGACCUGGUAAAGGCUUACACGGACUUUCAAAAUAAUCAUAGUUCCCCAAAGCCACCGACUUUGAACACAGCUGGUGCUCCAGUGGUGGUUAUUUCUAAUAAGAAAAGUGAUCAUCCAAAGCGAAAACGGGGAAGACCAAGGAAAGUCAACAGUUUACAGGAAGGAAAGUCAGAACUGGCUGCAGAGGAAGAAAUACAACUGAGAGUGAACAAUUCUGUUCAAAACAGACAGAACUUUGUGGUUAAAGAGGGAGACAGUGGUGUACUGAAUGAACAGAUUCCAGCAAAAGAACUGGAAGAAUCUGAGCCGACUUGUGAGCCAGCUAGAGGGGAGGAGAUGCCAGUUGAGAAAGAUGAGAACUGUGAUCCCAAGACCCAGGACUCUGGGCAGGACAGCCAGAGUCGGUGCAGCAAGCGGAGGAUUCGGAGGUCUGUCAAACUGAAAGAUUACAAACUUGUAGGGGAUGAAGAUGACCAGGGUUCAGCCAAGAGGGUCUGUGGACGGAGAAAGCGCCCUGGUGGGCCUGAGGCCCGUUGUAAAGACUGCGGCAAAGUUUUUAAGUACAAUCACUUUUUAGCAAUCCACCAGAGAAGCCACACAGGGGAGCGACCUUUCAAAUGUAAUGAGUGUGGAAAAGGCUUUGCCCAGAAGCACUCCCUGCAGGUCCACACCCGGAUGCACACAGGCGAGCGGCCAUACACCUGCACGGUGUGCAGCAAGGCUCUCACCACCAAGCACUCGCUGCUGGAGCACAUGAGCCUGCACUCAGGACAGAAGUCUUUUACCUGUGAUCAGUGUGGAAAAUAUUUCAGCCAGAAAAGACAACUAAAGAGCCAUUACCGAGUUCAUACAGGCCACUCAUUACCGGAAUGCAACGACUGCCACCGCAAAUUCAUGGAUGUGUCUCAGCUAAAGAAACAUCUGCGAACACACACGGGUGAGAAGCCAUUUACGUGUGAAAUCUGUGGCAAAUCUUUCACGGCAAAGAGUUCUCUUCAGACCCACAUCAGAAUCCAUCGAGGAGAAAAGCCAUAUUCCUGUGCCGUGUGUGGCAAAUCCUUCUCUGACUCGAGUGCCAAGAGGAGACACUGCAUUCUACACACCGGCAAAAAGCCUUUCACCUGCCCUGAGUGUAACUUACAGUUUGCUCGGUUAGACAACUUAAAGGCUCACUUGAAAAUCCACAGCAAAGAGAAACAUGCGUCUGAUGCCAGCAGUAUUUCUGGCAAUAAUAAUGCUGAAGAGGUCAGGAAUAUUCUUCAGCUACAGCCCUAUCAACUCUCUGCCUCUGGAGAGCAGGAAAUUCAGCUUCUUGUAACCGAUUCCGUACAUAACAUCAAUUUCAUGCCAGGUCCUAGCCAAGGAAUCAGCAUCGUCACUGCAGAGAGUUCCCCGAACAUGACGGCAGACCAGACUGCAAACCUCACCCUGCUCACACAGCAGCCAGAGCAACUGCAGAACUUAAUUCUUUCAGCUCAACAGGAGCAAACAGAACACAUCCAGAGCCUCAAUAUGAUUGAAAGCCAGAUGGAGCCCUCACAGACCGAGCCAGUGCAUGUCAUCACACUCUCCAAGGAGACUUUGGAACAUCUGCAUGCCCAUCAGGAGCAAACAGGGGAGCUGCAUUUAGCGAGCGCUUCAGAUCCAGCUCAGCACCUGCAGCUGACGCAGGAGCCGGCUCCACCGCCAGCCACCCACCAUGUGCCCCAGCCCACGUCGCUGAGCCAGGAGCAGAGCUGA